AUGAAAGUAAAGCAAACUUCUCAGUUAGACUACGUAUCUACGACUGGUAGCCGUCGUUUGGCGAUCGUGGUCAAGACAUACAAUUGCACUGCCGUGUAUUACAACUGCGAGGCUGGGGUUCAGGGAUUCGGGGUCCGGGGUUUGGGGGCUCGGGGUUCGGGAUUCUGGUGUCGAGGGUUCGAGGUUCGGAGAAUUCGGGGUUCGGGGUUCGGGGGUUUGGGAGUUUGGGGUUCGGGGUUUGGGUUCGGGGGUUCGGGGUUCGGGGUUUGGGGUUCGGGUUCGGGGGUUCGAGGUUUGGGGUUCGAGUUCGGGGUUCGGGGUUUGGGGUUUGGGGUUCGGGGUUCGGGGGUUCGAGAAUUCGGGGUUCGGGGUUCGGGGGUUCGGGAGUUUGGGGUUCGGGGUUUGAGUUCGGGGGUUCGGGGUUCGGGGUUCGGGGUUCGGGGUUCGGGGUUCGGGGUUCGGGGUUCGGGGGUUCGAGGUUUGGGGUUCGAGUUCGGGGUUCGGGGUUUGGGGUUUGGGGUUCGGGGUUCGGGGGUUCGAGAAUUCGGGGUUCGGGGUUCGGGGGUUCGGGAGUUUGGGGUUCGGGGUUUGAGUUCGGGGGUUCGGGGCUCGGGGUUCGGGGUUCGGGGUUCGGGGUUCGGGGGUUCGAGGUUUGGGGUUCGAGUUCGGGGUUCGGGGUUUGGGGUUUGGGGUUCGGGGUUCGGGGUUCGGGGUUCGGGGGUUCGGGAGUUUGGGGUUCGGGGUUUGGGUUGGGGGGUUCGGGGUUCGGGUUGGGGGGUUCGGGGUUCGGGGUUCGGGGUUCGGGUUGGGGGGUUCGGGGUUCGGGGUUCGGGGUUCGGGGUUCGGGGUUCGGGGGUUCGAGGUUUGGGGUUCGAGUUCGGGGUUCGGGGUUUGGGGUUUGGGGUUCGGGGUUCGGGGGUUCGAGAAUUCGGGGUUCGGGGUUCGGGGGUUCGGGAGUUUGGGGUUCGGGGUUUGAGUUCGGGGGUUCGGGGUUCGGGGUUCGGGGUUCGGGGUUCGGGGUUCGGGGUUCGGGGGUUCGAGGUUUGGGGUUCGAGUUCGGGGUUCGGGGUUUGGGGUUUGGGGUUCGGGGUUCGGGGUUCGGGGUUCGGGGGUUCGGGAGUUUGGGGUUCGGGGUUUGGGUUGGGGGGUUCGGGGUUCGGGUUGGGGGGUUCGGGGUUCGGGGUUCGGGGUUCGGGUUGGGGGGUUCGGGGUUCGGGGUUUGGGGUUCGGGUUCGGGGGUUCGAGGUUUGGGGUUCGGGGUUCGGGGUUCGGGGGUUCGGGGUUCGGGGUUCGGGGUUUGGGGUUCGGGGGUUCGGGGGUUCGGAGUUCGGGGUUCGGGGUUCGGGGUUCGGGGUUGGGAGUUGGGGGUUGGGGGUUCGGGGGUUCGGGGUUCGGGGGUUCGGGGUUCGGCGUUCGGGGGUUCAGGGUUCGGGUUCUGGUGUCGAGGGUUCGGAAGUUCUUGGGUUUGGGGUUCGGGGAUCUGGGAUUUGGGGAUCGGAGUUCGGAGGUUCGGGGGUUCGAACGAGCUGCCCGCCCAGCUGA